UGAAGCUUUGAUUGGUUUUAUUUAGUCAAAAUACGCAUGCGCCAAUAUUGACAUUUGAGAAAAAUUGGGAUUUCUCAAAUUUUGUUAAUUUUUCCAUCUUACAAACAACAAAUACUAACUAAAAAUGUCUGCGUGGCGAGCGGCUGGUCUCAACUACAUCAACUUCUCUAACAUUGCUGCUAAAUUAUUGAGAAGAGCCUUGAAACCCGAAUUUCGGGCAGAAGCUGCCAAAAGAGACGAAACCCACAUUAGGAUCACCAAAUGGGCGGAUGGCAAACCCAUCAAUGCCCGCGAUUAAAUACGUGACAGGAAUCCUCGGCUUAAAUUAAUUUGCAAGGGGACUAUUAAUUAUUAGAAAAAAAUGUAAAAGUUUUUCCGUCAUUUAUUAACACCUAUGUUGUAAAAAUAUAAAAAAUAAAUAGAUUAUUGUCAUUA